UCAUAUAAAACUCAGUAUUUGAGAUAUAGUUUUAAAUUUUCUUUAGUCAUUUUAAAUAAUUGAAUAAUGAAUGUAUACAUUUUGUUAGGGUUUAUAGUUUGCUGUAUUUAUUCAAUACAUGCAAGUAAUCAAAAUAUACAGGAUAUGAGAAAACAACUUUACUAUGACAUUAACUCCAAACAUACAGUAGAAUUAGCAAAAGAACUUAAAGAUAAAUGGUGCAAAUUUAACACGUAUAAUUUCACAAUAAUGGAAGCUUUAGAUAUAAUUGAUACAGUCAAUGAUGCUUCUGCAUUUGCGGAUAUAUCAAAUCAUAAUAAAAUGCAUGCAUAUCAAGUCGCUGAGUGUCUAAGAAAAAAUCAUCCCCGAGAAGAUUGGUUACAUUUAGUAGGCCUUAUUCAUGAUUUAGGCAAAGUAAUGUUAUUAAGCGGAGAAGAACCGUGGAAAGUUGUUGGCAACACGUUUCCAGUAGGAUGUCCUUUCAGUACGCAUAUUGUUUACCCAGAAGCACUACAGGAUAAUCCGGACGCAAAUAACGUACUUUACAAUACAAAGCCUGGAAUGUAUGAAAAUAAUAUUGGUUUAGACAAAGUUUUAAUGUCAUGGAGUCAUGAUGAGUAUCUCUACCAUGUAUUGAUGAACCACAAACAAUCCAACAUCCCCAAAGAAGGCCUUUUUGCUAUUAGGUAUCAUUCUUGUGCUCCGUUGCAUUCAUACACAGAUUAUGAUUAUUUAUGUACUCAAGAAGAUUUGGAUAUGAAAUACUGGAUUCAGCAAUUGAAUUUGUGUGAUAAGUUUGACAAGCAUUCAGAAAUAAACAUUGAUGAUAUACAACCAUAUUAUGAAACUUUGGUUCAAAAAUAUGUACCAGAAAAUCUGGAAUGGUAAACAAGAAUUUUUCCCGCUUUUAAAACCAAACUUUAAGUAUUUUGAAUUUUUUUUUAAUUCGUGUAUAAUAAAAAAACUUUAAGAAAAAUAAUUUUUUUAAUUAAAAAAUUUAAAAUAUUAACAGUGAUAAAGUAUAUUAAGACAUCUCAUAACAUUGUAAAAUGUGAUUUAAUAAAAUUUAAUGUGAAAUAAAAAAUUACAAUUACUAAAUA